AGGCCGGUUGGCCGGUUGGCCGGUUUUGCUGUCGCCCUGAACUUCAGCUCUGCUCCUAAUCUCCUCUAAUCCCCCACUGGCUGUGUAGCUCCCGUCAUUAGCCUCUAGCAACCUUGCCCGCUUUCUUUCCCCCUCAGCCGAGUCAGAAAUGCCAGUGAACCGUGAAGCAGGCGGCGAUGGAUGACAGUCGUCGUGGUAGCGAGGCGGUCUGUGGGGCGAGCCUUUCUGCCCUCUCUCUCCUGCUCAGCGCUGUAGCUGACGGGCUAACUCGCUAACUAAUCCGACACCUCAGAGGCGUCUUCUCGCUUGACCCCCAGCUAUGUGUGAAUCUUAACCAAAGCGACCAAGAGAUUAAGGUGCUGCUACCUUCUUGGUACUUUUCCACAACCCUAAACUGAGGGAGCUAUGGCAGCGGGCCAGAAGAAGAUGAGCGCUGAGACGUACGUGUUGGCGGGAUCUAACGGACUGAAUGGGGCAAAAGCGCCAGGCGGCUCGUCCGUGGAGAGAAAUCACAGCAGCAAGGUUUCCAGAGUGGCUAAGAUGGCCUUGCACCUGCAGGACAAAUGUGCGGCGUACGUCUUGGCUCUGCGGCCGUGGAGCUUCAGCGCUUCCCUCACGCCUGUGGCUUUGGGAAGCGCUCUGGCGUACAAGCUUGAGGGCUCCGUGGAUCUGGUCAUUUUGUUGGUCUGUGCGGUGGCGGUCCUGGUGGUCCAUGGGGCAGGGAACUUGGUGAACACGUACUAUGAUUUCUCCAAGGGAAUUGACCAUAAAAAGAGCGACGACAGGACUUUGGUGGAUCAGAUUUUGGAGCCGCAGGACGUGGUGAUGUUCGGCGCCUUGUUGUACUCUGUGGGAUGCCUUUGCGCCACCUUGUUAUAUUUUCUCUCUACGCUGAGACUCGAGCAUCUGGCUCUUAUCUAUUUUGGUGGGCUGUCAAGCUCCUUUUUGUACACGGGAGGAAUUGGCCUGAAGUAUGUCGCUCUGGGCGAUGUGGUCAUCCUCAUCACCUUUGGCCCCUUGGCGGUCAUGUUUGCUCACGCUGUCCAGGUGGGUUACCUGUCGGUGCUGCCGCUGGUAUACGCCGUACCGCUGGCGCUCAACACCGAAGCCAUCCUGCACAGCAACAACACCCGCGACAUGGACUCGGACAAACAGGCGGGCAUCGUCACCCUCGCCAUCCUGGUGGGUCCCACGCUGUCGUAUGUCAUCUACAACCUGCUGCUCUUCGUCCCCUACGUGCUGUUCUGCAUAUUAGCGACGCGCUACACCAUUAGCAUGGCCCUGCCGCUGCUCACGCUGCCCAUGGCCUUCCCUCUGGAGAGGCAGUUCCGCAGCCAGUGCUACACGAAGAUCCCUCAAAAGACUGCCAAGCUUAAUCUGCUGAUGGGACUCUUCUACGUCUUUGGUAUUAUUUUAGCACCGCAGGGCAGCUUGCCGCUCUUGUGAAAGAACCGUUCUUUUUAUUUUUGGUUCCUUUUUCUUUGUUCUGUUGUACUAGGAUGUGUACUUCUGCUCUGUAUUUAUAGUAUUUGUUUUCUUUCUGAAGUACAAAGACUUUAUUGUAUAAUUUUGUGCUUCAGAGCUAACAAACGCUUCGCGGUACGUCGUGAGGGAACAGAAGCUGUCCAGUGGCGUCAGUGUUCUGCAGAGCGAACCGGUUGGUGUGUGCGAGGUGUUGCCAUUUACACGGUUGCUGAGCUGUAUUAAAUUAUUGGUAAAUAUCAAAUUAGGGGUACGCCGAGGAGUCGUUCCCUGGACGUGUGAAUAUUUUGUAACUAGCAAAUUUGAACAUUUACUUAUUAAUUUUCUGAGAAAUAUUCUUUGUACAAUUUUAAUAAUAUUGUUUGUUUAGCGAACGCAGAGUUUCAGCUGUAUGUCAUAGAGGGCAGUGUUUCUCAUCUCUGGUCCUUGAGACCCACUGCCCUGCACAUUUUUAGCUCUGUUUGUGCUUUAACACACCCACUUUAAGCCCAUUAUGGCUGUUAAUGAGCUGAUUAGCUGGGUCAGGUGUGUUGGGGCAGGGAAAACAUCAGUAAGUGCAGGGCAGUGGGAGAAACACUGAUGUAGCGUGUUCCAUAGCCAAGCUUAAAUUCUUAAAUUGCCAGAGUUGUCAAACGGUGUCCAAGUCCACUCAGUUACACGUCGUGCGCUGUGUAGGACCAAUUGCUGAGUAACACGGGCCAGAUGUACUGUGUGUUUGAGCAAGCGUGAAGGAAUUUUAUCACUUCAUAUUCAAGUGUGUCUAUAUGUGGGCUUUUCAGGGCCUUUCACACAUGUUGAAACAGUUAGUAUGUGCAGCUUUUUCAGCCUACAGCCAAAUCAGACCCUCCUGUCAAGGAGGCAGUUGCAGAAUACAAGUGCGGAUUAGUGACGUCACCUGUAAAGAGCUGUGUUUGAUAAAAAUAUUAGGCCUAUCAGAUCUUUUAAAAAUAAAUAAAAUUCCAAACCCAAGUGGCUCACAUAA